AUGAACAAUUGUCUAGGGCACCUAGAAGAGACCGCCAAGUCCGCUGGUGGUAGAAUCAGCUACUACCGCGUCGACCAGACCAAGCCAGAAGAGAUUGCCACAACCUUCGCAACCGUUGUACCAACUCUCGCGCACCCAAUCCGUGGCCUGGUUGCUGCUGCUGGUGUUUCUGAUAACGACCCAGCACAUGAGUUCUCGGUGGAUAGAUUCCGACGUCUUAUGGAAAUUAAUGUUAUCGGCACAUUCGCUGUUGCCCAAGCUAUAUCACUGGAGAUGAAGAAAGCUGAUGUUAGUGGAAGUAUGGUGCUAGUAGCCAGCAUGAGUGGGACUGUUGCGAACAAGGUAAUACGUCAAACCCGAAACUUCCAAAACUAUGCUUACAAGCUAUGA